UUAACGUGUUCUCUCUUUAUUUUCACAAAUACAAAAUCCGUUCCGUGCAUUUAAGGGAGAAUUCCAAUUUCAGAAAGCAUUUGCUCCAUCAGCCAAUCAAACCACACUUGAAUAACAAAACGAUAGUCGACGACGGGGGUGGGGAGGAACUGUUCCAGCUUUACCGUACAAAAUAAGGGUUCAUUGUAUUACAUUCAUUGGGGGUGAACGUUAUUACGGGCGAACUCGGUGUUGGCAUCGUGCUGAUCACAGUGAGUGGGGUGGCGUGGAGGCUGACGGCACACGACGCACCUUCGUGCCGUAUGAUGCUCGGUAUCGGGGGCAGCGACGAGGGUGGGGCAGAGCCCAACAGAAGGUUCGUCCCGCGACUGCCGCCAUCCUACGGGCGACCUCACCAUCCCUACGCCGCCAUGAUGUACCCCGAGUUCCAGUACCGCCCGCCUCCACCGUCGUACCAAGCCUCGAUGCAAGACUACCGCCUGAGGCUGCUUCUGCUCGACCGGCAUCCCAGCAGCAUCUCCCCGGGUCAGGCCCCCGGUGGCCACGCCGUGUCCCCGCCGCCCACGUACCGUUCUCAUGCUGGCAGCAUGCUCAGGGCGCCUCUGGGUGUAAGGAGAGAUCAACCACAGUCAGAGUACAGCCGGCCGCCCAGCUAUCGUUCUCGCACCAGCUCCACACGCCCGACGCUGGACCCGAACGGGAACACGGGGUCUUCCACUGCGGAACACAGCCGAGACCCGUCUCUGAGUCUGAGCGAGUCGGGCGGGGGGAGUGGCAUCGUGAAUGUGAUAAGCGUGAUGGGCAGUGGCGUAUCAGAGCCAGAGCCCCUGGACGGCGUCAAGCUGGCUGGCCUGCCCUCCGACCAAGACGUCCCUCUGAGGCUGGUGCUGAACAAAGGCAGUUGUCGCAGCGGCGGGAACGUGAGCGGCUACGACAGCGAGGCGAAAGACCGGAACCUCGUGACGAUCGUCCACACGGGCGACGAUUCCAGCCCAGUCAUCGUGACAGUGUCCGGUUCCGUGGUUGGUGGCAGCACAAGUCAGCAGCCGGCCACGGGCGUUGGUGAUACCGAAAUGGAGAUAUUGGCACAUCUGUGAUGAUUUUGGUUUUGUGAAGCAACUGAGGCGUACAGCCUGUGGCCCGCGGUCCAUAUUGUGCACAUGCGGAGGAUUGUAGUUGCUGAUUAGCUCUUUGAAACAUUAAAAUUUGUCUUUCGGUAUUUUAGCACAGAUGAAAGGCUCACAUUUUUCCAGUUUUAAUUAAUUUUUGGAUUGUAAACCAACGGGUGAAUGAGAUAUGACAACCAUUUUCACAGCCAGUUAAUUGUUUUUGGAGAAUUUGUAAAAUUUGAUUCCGCUGUAUGUGUGAAGGAAAACCAAAGCCAUGAAAGUUAACAAUUUUGCAGCGUGCACAUCCGUCAGGGCUAACUAAGUGCAUAGAUGCACUGAUAUGUUAAAGGCUGAGAAGUGCGCGCGCACUUUGUCCCCUUAUCCUUACGCAGGUUUGCGCACUUACAGCCAUCGCUCAAGUUGUGUGAGGACUGGACGGAAGACAGUCACGGUACCAGCUGAAACAUUUCUCGAUUAGAUUUUUCAAACCCUCAGGAAAUUUGAGAUUUGAAGUUUUUGUGACUGUCAAGAUGUCAGCAGUGUCUUCUGAUAUGGGGCAGAGUUUUGGUCUUGCAGGUGGUUACCAGUGUUUUGGAGGAACAAACCACGCCCUCCUCCUGCUCUGGAGACGGCACAUCACUCUGAAACACUGGUAACCAUUGAUAAGAGACACUUGUGGCCUCCACCUGCAGGGUAAGCCCAGAAGGCCUGGAUCCGCUCAAAGGAUUUUAAAUGUGUACGUGGAAGAUGUUUCAUUUCAGAACUUAUUGUAGAAUGUGGUACACGUGUUUGACAAAUAAUAGUUCCCUCAUGAACAGCACUUUUAUUAACGCAUACCACCAGCAAGUACGUCAUGCAUAACAUAACAUUUCCUUCUAUACGAAAAAAUUAAAAGUCCAUGGUCUACACCGGUUGUGGCAUGAGAAGCAAAUGUCAGCAGACUUUUGUACGCAGAACACUCAGCUCUCAUGGUCGUACUUACAUUCAGGACUGUCUGCUCAAAGCCAGGUUCUUAUUGUCAUGGAGAAUGCAGAUUUUAUGUAUCGGUUCUGAAUGGAUUUAUAUGUUUGAUAUAACACACAUUGGAAAUCUGUAGCGUAUGAAACACCAAUCCAACGCAUUAUCUCUCCUUCAGUAACAAAUCGCAAUUUAAAAAUAAUUCCUGAUGUAAAUUUUCAUUUACAAUUUCUCGAUACUGAAAUAAUUGACUUGUACUGACAUUUUUAUUGACACCACGGCUUUGUCCGCCAACAAAUGAAAUUGCAAGAGUGUAUUUUUUUAAACGGAGAUGGCGGAAGCAAUAUAAUCUGGAUUCUAGGAGCGACUUCAUACAUGCAGUAAGUCAGUUGAAUGUAACUCUGCUAAUUUUGAGUGUAAAAUAUUUACCGGUAAAUUAAUUUACUUAACCUGAGGGUAAUGUCGCUUGAGGCAAG